AUUCAUGUCUUCAUUUUGGGAUGUAUCAGUGCAGGUCUUCCUAAAACAGAGGCCAACUGGCAGCAUGUAAUAAGUGAUCUGAAAAGAAUUGAAGAUCUUAUUCAAUCUAUACAUAUUGAUGCUACUUUAUAUACUGAAAGUGAUGUUCAUCCUAAUUGCAAAGUAACAGCAAUGAAGUGCUUUCUCCUGGAGUUACAAGUUAUUUCACACGAGUCCAGAAGUAGGACCCUUCAUGAAACAGUAGAAAACCUUAUCAUCCUAGCAAACAGCGGUUUGUCUUCUAAUGGGAAUGUGACAGAAUCUGGAUGCAAAGAAUGUGAGGAACUGGAGGAAAAAAAUAUUAAAGAAUUUUUGGAGAGUUUUGUGCAUAUUGUACAAAUGUUCAUCAACCCUUCUUGAUUGUAAUUGAUCCUUUUCAGUGUUUCUAUUAUUAACAAACACCUUCCUGCUGCUUAGAGGCAACAAAACACUCUGCAUUUCCAAUGUGCUGCCUAAACAAGCUUUUCUAGCAAGAAGAUGAUCAGGAUCUUGGAUCAGAUGAAUUCUUAGCCAUGAAGGCAGAAAAAUGUCACUGAGUAAUAUAAUUGACUAUGAAGCUCUCUCAGACUUAUUUUACUCAUUUUUUUAAUUUAUUAUUGAAAUUGUACAUAUUUAUAGCAUAAUAUAAAAUGUUGAAUAAAUGUGUGUACAUGUUUUAUCAUUUAAAGUUGCAUUCAUAUUCUACCUGUUAUAGGAAAAUAGGGGUCAUUUGUUUAAGGGAUAAUAGUUGAAUUAUGUAACAAGUCGUGGGGCCGGGUACCAAAGGUGCAGGUCAACAGCUAUGCUGGUGUGGUCCUGCCAGUAUCAAGCCACUGACUAGCAGUCCUCAUUCACUUCUUCAUUAGGUGUAGCACCCAGGAAAAG